AUGGCAGGUAUGGAUUCGACAAUCGAGCACUUCCGCGGCCACCCGUGGGCUAACUCGCUCAUCUGCUCCGCCGACUAUACCCCAGUGCCGACGGAUUCGAGACGACCGAAACCUACCACCGGUGAGGAUGGCUACUUCUCCGGCACAUUGGCAACCUCAUCCACAAUCCCACACGUCCUGACUCUUCAACGACGCGAACUGGGAACCCCACAAUCAAGUCCUCCGACGUGGCUUCCCGCGACCAAGGAAGAUGCCGCGGCCGCCGCAACGCCGACUCCCGGUGCGAACCCAGCUGAUAUCAUUAUGAUAUAUGACCUUGGAGGCUCGGGAAUCGCCGGUCACCCAUCGACAGUGCAUGGUGGAAUUGUUGCGACUAUGAUCGACGAGGCUAUGUCCCUCGCUGUGGCCGCGCAUGCCUCUGCGCCAUCCUCCCCACCUUCGACCGACUCCACAGACAAGAAUCCCCGAGGCAAGACAUUUACGGUACAGUUAGAUGUACGAUACAAGAAGCCGGUCACCACCCCGGCCUUACUGGUUGUUCGCGCUCGGGUUGUUGCACGCUCAGGCAGGAAGUUCUGGGUACGCGCGCAGGCGCUACAAGAAGAUGAGACCGAGGCAGGUGGCCAUCUCGAGUGGGCAAAAAGGAAACACGUCAAGUCCGAUGCGAUGGCGUUUUGGAUUGUGACGCCGAUAGACAAGUCGAAGUUGUGA